AUGAAGGAAGGAACAGUAAUAGGAAAUAUAGCUUCCGAUAUUAAUGUAGAUACAAGGAAUCUUUCGAAACGUGAUCUUCAGAUUGCUUUGGGGAGUGGAAAGCAUUAUCUGGAUGUUAACAAAAUAAACGGAAAUUUAUUUAUUAAGAAAAUAAUCGACCGAGAAAAAAUUUGCGAAUUUAAAGAUGAAUGUGUUCUUAAUCUGGAGGCUUUAGUUGAAAAUCCGCUGCAGAUGUUUAGCGUUGAGGUACAAAUCUUGGAUGUGAAUGACAAUGCUCCGAGAUUUCCUUUCUCCAUCAGCCGCAUAAACAUUUCAGAAUCGAAGCUAAAAGACGAAAGGUUUUUGUUGGUGAAGGCCUUGGACCCUGAUGAUGGCAAUAACUCAGUAUGCAAUUAUAAACUGAGCGAAAAUAUGUAUUUUGAUAUCUCCGUUCAGACUUGGAAUGACGGCUCAGUGUCCGCUGAUUUACUAAUAAAGGAGGCGCUGGACAGAGAACAGCAAGCGGUGCACAAUUUAAUUCUGACGGCAGUGGAUUGUGGAAAACCAGCAUUGUCUGGAUCAAUUAAUAUCACAGUUACCAUACUUGAUGAAAACGAUAAUGCUCCAAAAUUUGAAAGACAGAUUUACCAAGUAGAGGUUUCAGAAAAUACAUUAAUAGGAACCACUUUUAUUACACUAAACGCUACUGAUGCUGAUCAAGGCACAAAUGCUGAAUUAUUGUAUUCGUUUAAUCCUCACACCUCCGAGAAGGCCCAAAUGAAGUUCCAUUUGAAUUCGCGGACCGGUGACCUCAGUGUUAAUGAACUCCUCGAUUUCGAACAGUCUCGUCAAUAUGAAUUAUUUGUGCAAGCAAAGGAUAACGGGCCAAAUCCUAUGACUGGACACUGUAAAGUAAUAAUAAAAGUACUUGACAGCAACGACAAUCAGCCUGAAAUUAUUGUUGCCUCAUUAAAAAGUUCAUUACUGGAAGAUGUGCCAAUAGGAACAGUCAUCGCACUGUUUAGUGUCACAGAUAUGGACUCUGGAAAAAAUGGUAGGGUGAACUGCCGUAUAUCACACAAUGGUGAGUUUAAACUUCAGCAAACUAUGGAUAAUGUUUAUGCGUUGGUGACUGCAACACUUUUGGAUCGAGAAAGACGAUCUAGCUUUAAUGUCACUAUCGUCGUGAAGGAUGAAGGAUCUCCUCCCCUCACAAACAAUAGAACAAUUCCUUUAAAUCUUUUGGAUGUGAAUGAUAACGCACCAUCGUUUUCGCGUGCUUCGUACGAAAUUCCCAUUCCAGAGAAUAAUAUCCCUGGAAGUCUGCUGUGUUCCAUUACUGCAAAUGAUCCUGAUGCAGCUCUUAACGGCGCUUUAAAAUAUUCCAUAGAAGAAAAAAAUGACUUGAAUAAAACCUUCACGAAAUAUUUUUCCAUUAAUUCGGAAAAUGGAAACAUUUACUCAAUGCAGUCCUUCGACUAUGAAAAACAGACAUUAUAUACGUUUGAGGUGGUAGCUAAAGACUCUGGCACUCCUCAGCUAAGCAGUAGUGUGACUAUCAAAAUAACUGUUCUUGAUGAAAACGAUAACACACCGGUUAUUGUGUCACCCUGGCGCCCUCAUGGAUCAAUAGUUAGUGAUACAAUUCCGAGUUCAGCUGAAGAAGGAUAUUUAGUGACAAAAGUUAUAGCAAUUGAUGAAGACUCUGUUCAAAAUUCACGAAUUACUUAUCAGUUGCUUCAAGUUACUGACCAGACAUUAUUUACAUUAAACCAGUACAGUGGGGAACUUCGAACCAGAAGACGCUUCAGCCUCAGAGACGCUUCCAAACAAAGACUUGUGAUUCAAGCCCGGGACAAUGGCAAUCCUUCGCUGUCAUCGACAGUUACGAUUCUCAUAUCAAGAUUUGACCCAGAAGUCGAAGGUCUUCUGACAAUAAAUGAUGAGGUAGAGACAGAGUAUGUAUCAUCUUUAAACAUGUAUUUGAUGAUCGGUCUUGCCUCCGCUUCACUGUUGCUUAUUUUAACAAUAGUGAUCUGUGCUUCACUGAAAUGUCACCAUAAUCCAGCUGAAGACGAAAAAUCAGCACAUCGGAUAAGCUGCUACAGCCAAAGGGAUUCAAUGAUUUCUGAGUUACCGGCACACUCGACUUUAUAUUCAAGCGACGCCUACUGGCACAGUGUGCUUUUGGCGGAAUCACGAAAAGGAAAAAUGCUGGUGAGGCAGUCAAUGCCCAAUGGAACUGGCUUUAUUGUGUCAAGUUUGGAGAGGAAUUCAGAGCAAGGAACAAUAAGCGAAUUAGCCGACACACCGAUUCAGGUAAGAUUGUAA